AUGGCGUCCAUUCCGACUUCCACCCGAGCCUGGAUUGUUGCGAACUAUCCCAAAGGCCUCGCAACCUUCACGACAUCGGACGAUAAGAAUGCUACAUUCAAGCUCGUUGAACGACCCCUACCGGCCUUGGGCCCGGAGCAGGUUUUAGUGAAGACCCUCUUCCUGUCCAACGACCCAGCACAACGCGUGAGCAUUGAGUCGUCCAUCUCACCGGAGCGCCUGUACCGGCCGCCGGUCGAGCUCAACGCGGCCAUGGGCUCUUCUGGUCUGGGCGAGGUCAUUGCCUCGACCGCAUCCAGUCUGCCCCAAGGGACCAUUGUCUUCGCUCCACUCGACUGGACAGAGUAUGCCGUCCUGGACGCGGCUAGCUGCCAGCCUCGGAACCCACUGCCCAACGGACUAAGCCUCACCCACUACCUGGGAGCCUUUGGCGGGCCGGGUCUCACGGCAUACUACGGCCUUGUCGUCGUCGGAGAGGCACAGCGAGGCAUGAGAGUGGUGGUUUCUGGAGCAGCCGGCGCCACAGGCAGCAUGGUCGUACAGAUUGCAAAGAAUAUCGUCGGCUGUUCUCAGGUCAUCGGUAUCGCCGGAACGGACGACAAAUGCCGCUGGGUCGAGAGCCUCGGUGCCGACAUAUGCCUGAACUACCGCAGCGCCACGUUCGAAGAAGACCUGGUCAAAGCGACCGACGGCUUCGUAGACUUGUACUUUGACAAUGUCGGCGGCCACAUCCUCGACCUGAUGCUCGCCAGGUUGAAGAGGAACGGCGUCUCGGUCGCGUGCGGCUCCAUUUCCGCCUACAACUCGCAAGAGCCGACCGUGCUGAAGAACUACUUCCAGGUCAUCACGAUGCGUCUGUCCAUCAGGGGCUUCAUCGUGCUCGACUACCUCGCCAAAGCCAAAGAGACGCUGGAGAUCUUCGUGCGCGCCGUGCAGGACGGCAAGCUCAAGAUCUCCAACGACAACGAGCAGGUCGUCGCCACAAAGUUCGAGGACGUGCCUAGGACCUGGUUGAGAUUGUUUGAAGGCGCAAAUACGGGCAAGUUGGUUACCAAGUUGAUCUGA